AAAGAUGGCGCGGCCAGGCCCGUCCUGGAGUCGGCUGGACAGACAGCAGGAGCGCGAUGUGCGCGAGCUCGUGCGCCAUGUGGCAGGCCUCUGGGAUGAGGCGGACCCCAACUUCCAGCUGUGCCUGAACUUCGCCUGGUCCAACUUCAGAUUCCAUCGUUUCUUGGAUGUGAACAGUCACAAAGUAGAAAAGACCAUAGAAGGAAUUUAUGAAAAAUUCAUCAUUCAUUCCGAUCUCGGUAAAGCUGCUAGUUGGAAGAGAUUAACUGAGGAAUUUCUCAAUGCAUCACUUCCGAGCACAAAGGAGACAAAGACAGAUGCGCAUUACUCCAUACUGUCCCUUCUCCUCUGCCUGUCUGACUCUCCUUCCAACUGCGGUUACGUGGAGACACCGAGAGAAAAAGAAGUGGAAAAGAAAGACGACUUUGACUGGGGCAAGUACUUGCUGGAAGGCGAAGAAGUUGGCCUGAGUCCAGAUGCGGACACACCGAACUGGUCUGAAGAAAGUGAGGACGAAGACGAUCAGCAGCCCUUGAGCAGGGAGGACUCUGGGAUUCAGGUGGACCGCACACCUUUGGAAGAACAGGACCACCACAGAAAACCGGGGCCACGUGUCGGCUGGAAAGCGGAGGAGCCGGAUGCCCGCAGCUGGCUGGAGCAGCACGUGGUCCGGCAGUACUGGACAGCGCGCACCUUGAGGUUCCCUCACAGCCUGCAUUUGCACUCCAAUUUGGCUGCUGUCUGGGACCAACACUUGUACAGCAGCGACCCGUUGUACGUUCCCGAUGACAGAGUUUUUGUGACUGAGACACAGGUUAUCCGGGAAACACUGUGGUUACUCUCAGGAGUCAAGAAGCUCUUUAUCUUUCAGUUGAUAGAUGGGAAGGUAACUGUGAGGAACGACAUUACCGUCACCCAUUUGACCCACAGCUGUCUGCGGUCGGUGCUGGAGCAGAUGGCGGCCUACGGGCAGGUGGUGUUCCGGCUCCAGGAGUUCAUCGACGAUGUCAUGGGCCACGGCCCUGAGAGCUCGCUGCCGGGGAACGGGAAUGGCCCCAAGAAGCUCACAGAGGCCCCCUUCCGAACCUACCAGGCGUUCAUGUGGGCCCUGUACAAAUACUUCAUCACUUUCAAAGAAGAACUUACAGAAAUUGAGAAGUGUAUCAUCAAUAACGACACCACAGUAACUCUUGCCAUCGUGGUGGACAAGCUGUCACCCCGACUGGGGCAGCUGAAGGUUCUGCACAGAAUCUUUAGCACCGGGAUAGCCGAGGUCCCUCCAGACACACGGAACGUCGUUCGGGCGUCUCACCUGCUUAACACCCUGUACAAGGCCAUCCUCGAGUAUGACAACGUGGGGGAGGCCUCUGAGCAAACGGUACGUGGCCCCUCGCCUGGUCUCAAGGGCAUGGCUCCCUCCUGUGCUGGCAGAACAAAGGUAUCUCAGCAGCGUGUCGGCCUCAUCUCUCGCCGAGACCAGGACGCCCUGAAAGCGGCCUACGCACGUGUCCCGGAAAGGUCCCUGCUCUUCUCCCUCUGGGUGGAGAUCGUGCGGCCCUACCUGCAGAUCGUGGACGAGUGGAUCGCGCACGGCCACCUGGGCGACUGCGCGCGGGAGUUCAUCAUCCAGAGAAACAAAAAUGUUCCGGUCAAUCACAGAGACUUCUGGUACGCAACCUACACGCUCUACAGUGUGUCGGAAAAGACAGAGAACGAAGAGAAGAUGAGCAACAACGCCAGUGCGAGCUCCGGCAGCGAGCUGGGGCCCUCCAGCCGCCAGUCCACCAUGGUGUCCUUCCUCAGGCCCGUGCUGAAGCACAUCAUCAUGGCCGGCAAGUCCAUGCAGCUGCUGAAGCACCUGCAGGCCGGGGACGGCACCGCGAGCCAGGCCACGGCCAGAGGUGGGCCCUUCUCGCGCGCCUCUCGCGGCAGGGGCUGCUCUGCUGCUGUCCUCACUCUUGUCAUCCGAGACAUGGAAUGAUUCUGUAGUUUUCUGUUUGUUUUGUUGUUUGUAAUUUUUAGAGAGAGGGGAAGGGAGGGAGAAACAUCGAUUGGUUGGUUGCCACUUGUACAUGCCCCGAACGGGGACGGAACCCACAACCCAGGCAUGUGCCCUGACUGGGGAUUGAACCUGCGAUCAUGGGCUUGCAAGACCACACCCAAGCGAGUCACACCAGUAGUUUGAAAAUCAUCAAAGCCUUCUAGUUACACGGAAAUUAGCACCAUGAUCAAGGGAGUAGCUCAUGCUGCUUCUAAUAGGAAAAUGGUUGUCCUCAUUGGAAAUGUCUAGCACUUGUUCUGGCCAAUGUGGCUCACUGGAGUGAAUGCUGGACUGCUAAGCAAGAGCUUGUUGGUUCAAUUCCCAGUCAGGAC